CUCUUCUCUCGAUCAAAGCCCAAAGCCCAAGCGGGCCAUGGCCUAAACCCCCAAAAAAAACCCUACUCCAAGCUCGGCUCCUCCUCCUCCUCCCCAUGGCCGCCGGCGACCACCUGCGGCCGGGCUCCUACCUCGGCGACGUCUCCGCGCUCUCCUUCCUCCCCUCCUCCCCCCGCCCUCUUCUCCUCGCCGGCACCGGAUCGGAGCUGCUCGUCUACGACGUCGACGCCGCCAGGCUUGUCGCCUCCUUCCAAGUGUUCGACGGCGUCCGCGUCCACGGCAUCCAGCCCCGCUGCCCGGACGGCCCGUCUCCUGGCGAUGUCACCGUGUUGGUGUUCGGUGAGAGGAGGGUGAAGAUUUUCAGGAUUCGCGCCGACUUCGAGGAUGGCGAAGCGUGCGGCGUGCGGUUGGAGUUGGAGCAGAGGCUCCCCGGAUUUGAUCACUGGGUGCUGGACGCCUGCUUCCUGGAGGCUGAUGGGCUGCUCGCGAUCGGUUUGAGUGACAAUUCAGUGGCAUUAUGGGAUUUGAGCCAGCGUGUGUUGCAUGCCCGAGUGAAAUCGCCAGAGAAGUGCCUACUGUAUUCGAUGAGAAUGUGGGGAAACUCUCUUGAAUCUCUUCUCGUGGCUUCUGGAACAAUUUUAAAUGAGAUUCUUAUUUGGAAAAUUGUACCCCGAGCUCUGGAAAAAUCCUUGUUAUGCUCAUAUAAGAGCAACACUCUCGGUGUAGAGGACUAUGAGAAUAUGCAUAUUAGUGAUAAGCAAUAUAUAACAAUUCAUCUUGGAAGGUUAAAGGAACAUGAAGGUUCAAUAUUUAGAAUAGCUUGGUCCUCUGAUGGAUCAAAGUUCAUGUCUGUUUCCGAUGACCGUAGUGCUCGCAUCUGGAUGUUGAGUUCUCAGUCACAGAACUUUGUCAAUAAGGCAGAUGGACAAAAUGAUGUUCAGAUUAUACCGAAACUCACACUUUUUGGGCAUAGUGCUAGAAUAUGGGAUUGCUAUGUAUCUAAUUCUUUAGUUAUUACAGUCGGCGAGGAUUGUUCUUGUUGCAUCUGGGCUAUGGACGGAAAGCUAAUCAAGAAGUUCAGGGAACACAUCGGCCGAGGAAUAUGGCGGUGUUUAUAUGAUCCAAGCACACUACUGCUUGCCACUGCUGGGUUUGAUUCAGCCAUCAAAGUGCACCAUCUUUAUAACUCAUCUUGUCAUGACAAAAUGGAAGACAAGGUGGUCUCAGACGAUGUCAAUUAUGAUUCUGAGGUCUUUUCAAUAUCAUCCCCUACAGUGUCAGGACAGUAUGGGCCCAUGGACAGCAAAAGUGAGUAUGUACGAUACCUACACUUUGUAAAAGAAAAUGAUCUCUAUGUUGCCACAAACAAUGGAUAUCUGCAUCAUGCUGAGCUCUCUAAUUCCAACAAUGUAAGAUGGACCAAGGUUACUCAAGUUGCUGAGGUGGCACCGAUUAUUUGCAUGGAUGUUAUGGUAAUGCACUCAGAUAUUUCACUGAAUAGGGAUGAUAUCAUUGCCCUUGGAGAUGGACGUGGAAAUGUUACUGUUGUCCAUUUAACUGCCUGUGAUCUUGGACCUAAAGUGAAUUCAUCUUUUACCUGGCCAGCAGAAAAAGAUAGGCAGCUACUAGGAGUAUACUGGUGCAAAUCUCUUGAAUGUAGACACAUUUUCACAGCUGAUCCUAGAGGUGUGCUUAAGUUAUGGGACAUAAGGAAUGCCCUUUUUUCAAAUACCCUUGAUAUCACUACAUCUCAGAAGGUUCCUCUUAUUGCUGUGUUUGAAUCUUCCUUUGGGGCAAGAAUCAUGUGCUUAGAUGCGUUUCCUCAGGACGAGGUCCUUGUAGCUGGUGAUAAGAAGGGUAACAUAACUGCCUUUCAUUUCCCUAAAGUACUGGUAGAACAUGAGAGCUGUGGGACGCAACAGAAUAUGCCUUCAUGUGAUCGUUUUAAAGGAGCUCAUGGAAUUUCUAGUGUCACAAGUGUUCGUAUAAUUACCUCAACUUCUGAUCAUCUUCAAAUUCACACCACAGGGGGAGACGGUUGCAUUUGCUUUUUCAAGUAUGACAGAAAUGUGCAAAAGAUUGAAUUUUUUGGAAUGAGACAAGUAAAAGAGUUGGGCACCGUUCAAUCCAUCUUUCCUCCUCAUGCCUCAGAAAAGCAAUUGCUUAGCACCUAUGCAAUAGGUUUCACUUCUGCCGAUUUUAUCAUUUGGGACCUUGAAAAUGAAACAAAGCUGCUUCAAAUAUCCUGUGGAGGGUGGCGCCGUCCUUAUUCAUAUUAUCUUGGCAUGGUCCCUGAGUAUCAGAAUUGUUUUGCCUUUGUUAAGGAUCAUAACAUUCACAUUCAUAGGCACUGGGCACCAUGUCAAGACAAGAAAUUGCUUCCUCAAGUUUUCCAUAUGCAGUUCCAUGGAAGAGAAGUGCACUCUUUGUGCUUCAUAGAUCCAGCAGGCUAUUCAAAUCCUGAGAAGAGCUCAAAUCUGUAUAUUGCAACAGGAUGUGAAGAUGGAACCAUGCGACUUACAGGGAACUCAAUUAAUAGUGCUGGAAAAUGGUGUUCCUCCAAGCUGCUGGGGGAGCAUGUUGGUGGAUCAGCUGUGAGAGCGACAUGCUUCGUGCAGAAGGGCUACACAUCGUUAGAUAAAUCAUGUAACAUCAUCCCCAAUGGCAACUCUGAUGACACUUUAGUCAAAAACAAGGAUAACAUUUCCUUAUUAAUAUCCGUUGGAUCAAAGCAAGUCCUGACUACUUGGGUUUUACAGCCUAAGGUUGCAGAAAAUAGACAUAUCUGUUCUAGUGGCUUAGAUGUAGACUCCAAGCAAAGCUUGAAAGGUGAUUCAGCCAUGACAUUUCAAUGGCUUUCUACCCACAUGCCUCCAAAGCUUACCAAUAGGUUGAAAACUGGCAAUGUAAAAAAUAAUAAUGAGGAAGGGGAUUCCUCUAUGAUGCAACCCAACCAGUUUAUUGUGGAUCAGCUGGAAAAUGACUGGCGUUAUCUUUCGGUUACAGCAUUUCUUUUGGAACAUCCUUCCACCAAUUCGACAGUGUGUUUUGUUGUUGCUGCUUGCUCUGACGCUACAGUCGUGCUCCGUGCUCUUCUUUUGCCUUCUAGGCUAUGGUUUGAUGUUGCCUUGUUGGCUCCACAGGGAUCACCAGUUCUGGUGCUCAAGCAUAUUAUUGCUGCAGCUAGUGUCAACUGCAAAGACACCGCAGACCAUGGAGAUACAUACAUUGUUGUGAGUGGAUCUACAGAUGGUAGCAUUACUUUCUGGGACCUUACAGAUACUAUUCAUGGAUUUAUGCAACUAGUAUCAGAGACUCAACCACACAUGGUUAUUGAUUGCCAAAAGCGGCCCAGAACAGGAAGAGGAAGUCAAGGCGGUCGGCGCAGGUGGAGAACACUGCCGGGCCGUUCUUUGAAAAAGAUAAAUAAAGAGACAUCGAUCCCUGAUGGGAGCAUCCCGAAUACUCCAAAUGCCACUGAAAAUACAUCUGAAACUUCUAAUGUGGAAGAAACUGAUGCCACAAACCAGAACUAUGCAUUCUCAAAUUUGCAAUCGUGUAAUAUACCUGAAGUGACACCAAUGCACAGAUUCUCCGGUGUUCACCAGUCAGGCGUCAACUGCCUCCAUGUCUCAGAGAUGAGGGCUUGCUCGUACUCGACACCUGGCAUGUCUUACUGUGUCAUAAGCGGUGGGGAUGAUCAAGCUGUUCACUGUUUCAGUUUUACAUUAGGAUCUCUUCAGGAUUGCGCAAUAAAUACAAGCCUAGACUCACCUGACAAUGGUGCAGUUAAAAUUAUUUGUCAACAUAGGGUUCCUUCUGCCCACAGUUCAGCAGUUAAAGGCAUCUGGACGGAUGGCAUAUGGGCUUUCUCUACUGGCCUUGAUCAAAGAGUAAGAUGUUGGAAGAUGGAGUCAUCUGGCAAAUUCACUGAGUAUUCCCAUGCUAUCAUCAGCGUACCUGAGCCAGAAACUUUGGAUGUUGUACAUGACCGUGCAGAGAGGAAAUACUGGGUUGCUGUUGCUGGAAGGGGAAUGCAAAUGGUUGAGUUCUUGUCAGCAGAAAAUGACGAGGAAGAAAUAUCAAAAUGACUCUUUUUUUUAGAUGAGAUGUUAGUUCAUUUGGUGUGAAACAGGAUGCCCACCAGAGAACUGGAAUUUUAUGUGGACUUCUGCAACUUGAUCAAAACUUUGAAAUAUGUCAGGCAGAACGUACACAGCAUGCCGACCAGGUUGGUGCGGGUCUGCUUGAACAACCUCAUCGCGCUGAUCGAGCAGUGGAUUGUGCGAAGUUUAAGCUGUAGUGCUGUACUGAUUUCACUCAUGGUGGACGGUGACAAUGGCAAGUGGAACUGUCCGUCUGUCCGUCCAAGUUGAUGAGAGCUUGUCACCUAGUGGAUUUUCCUGGCUGGACGAGCAGUGGCGGCGUGUCAUGACAACUAGGAAGUAUGCAACUAAUGACUAACGUGACAUGUUUGUUGGUAGGAGUGAUUCUGCAAUCUCUAACCGACCAUGAACCCAUGAUGUUAACUGGUGAAAGAUGACCAGAUUCAAGAGUGAUUCUGUAGAUUCUUGAACCAGCCAUGAGGCCGUGAUGUUAACUGGUGAUAAGUGAUCAGAUUCAAAAACAUUAUUUUUAGUAUUGUAAAGGGCUUUGAGCUUCAUCUAAGGUCCCUUUCUUUCUUUUUGCUGAUGCUGUGGCAAACGUUUCUCAAUUGUGGUGGCAGAUGCUGCACAAGAUGGUGUGCUUUGCUUUGGUCCUUCCUGGUCCAUUUAUUCCGUCAGUCAGGCUUUCAGACUUCAGAAGUUCAGAGACUUCAUUUAAACUGGUGUGCCUCUGUCUAGAAUCCUAUGUUGACUGGAGUUAUAUAUCUGUCUUGACCGGUCAAUGCCCAAAUUUUGAUUGGUGAUGAUAAAACUUAAAACAACCCCUUUUUCAUGGACUUUGUUGGGU